AAACAGAAAAAUGUGAGAAAAAGGGAAGUUGAAGUAGUAAACAAUUACCUUCGCCUUGUCGGUCUUCACCAACAAACCCUACAAAUUUCUAUUCUCGCUCUCAAUUCUAGCGAAAAAAAUCUGAAUCGAGAUGGCGUCGUUUGAGGAAGCGCCGCCUGGAAACAAGGCCGUCGGAGAGAAGAUUUUCAAGACCAAGUGCGCUCAGUGCCACACCGUCGAUAAAGGAGCUGGCCACAAACAAGGGCCUAACCUGAAUGGUCUCUUCGGAAGGCAAUCUGGAACUACAGCUGGUUACUCCUACUCUGCUGCUAACAAGAACAUGGCUGUCAUUUGGGAAGAGAAGACUCUCUAUGAUUACUUGUUGAAUCCCAAGAAGUAUAUCCCCGGCACUAAGAUGGUUUUCCCAGGAUUGAAGAAGCCUCAGGACCGUGCAGAUCUCAUCGCAUACCUGAAGGAGUCCACAGCUUAAGCGCCCAGCACUUUCCACACUUUAGUCAUUUUGCAGUUGAGAGCCUCAAUUUAUCUCUAUUGAGUAGCGUAAAAACACAAACCGCUCAAAUAAAUAAUUCUUUGGACUACUUUUUGUUAUCCCUAAGGCCCUCCUCUAGUAAGAGGUAAUAGUUUGUCAGAUGGAAUCUUUGUAUAUAAAAUAUAUAGUAGUAUUUGUUGAGAAAGGAAA